AUGGGGGAGAUCUUUCUGGAUAAGGCUCUCGGGCUGUUAUCCUCGGACAAGCAGAAGGAGCGCGCUGAUGGUUUAGCAGAUAUCAAAAAUAUCCUGCAACAACAUAAACAGAGCUCCAAGCUACUGGACCUUAGCGACAAAGCCUGCCACACGAUUUUUGAAUCCCUGUUCCGAUUUAUUGUGCUAGAGCGAUCAAUUUACAACCGUGCCCAGCGGUCAAAUUCCAAAAGCCCUUCAGCUGCUCGGCUGUCAGCAUGCGCGUCUGUGCUCCGUACUGCAGUUGACAUCUUUCUCCGCAACCUCCGAACAAAAACGGUUCGCGCAAUAAUUGAUCACAUCACUGAGACAAUACCAGUUCCCGGGGACGGCCUGUGGGAGCCUCUCAGCGUGGACUAUACGAAAUGUCUAACGUCCCUUCUUCGCUACCCUCCUCAUACGGAGCAUCUUAGUGAUGCAGACUGGGAAAAGCUUAUUGAUUUCUGUCUUGAUGCGAUCAAUCUACAGGAGAGUGAUGAGAGCCAACUCAGCAUUCGCAGUGGAUCCCGUUCUGCCCCCGAAGACCCGCUGGAUGCAAGUGGCAGCGGCUUGACACCGUCAAGAAUGACCCCCGCUCCUGGCAAUAGAGAGAAAUACGUGGGCGAUAGAAAUGCCAUUGGAGAAGUUGUAGCGUGUAUCCAGCUUCUGACGUCAAGUCCCAGCGCUCCUGUCCAGGCUGCCGCUGAGAGCAUUCUGCAAGGGCUUGUGCAGUUCGUCAAGUCACCAUCACUGAUGGCUGGAAAUGCACACCAACUGGCGUUUAGUAGCAUAUGUACAGUUGUUUCGAGAGUGUUAUUUGACCAGACUGAGCUGGUUCGAACGUCCCUGAUGGACCUGAUCCCAGUAAUUCGACGUCUGUGGACCACCAAGCUGCAAAGCUUGAAAGAUGAGCUUCUUGCCACACUCAUGCUGUGCAUGGUUAUCCUGGCGGAUACGGCUCAUAAACAACCAUCUGAGGCGUUAAGUUGCUUAAUCGAGGGGUUGACGAGCUCUCUUCAGUCAGAAUAUGUCAAGCGAUCUGAAAAGGACUUGCUACAGGUUGACGAGACGAUCUUUUACAAGAAAGGAGGAAGAAAAGGCCGACCUAUCUACGGGCCUCAUCUGGGAAAUCCUCGCUCCGAAUGCAGCUGGACUGUCAUCUGGGCUAUUGCGAACCUGUUGAAAUUGUCAGAAACCGUGGCCGUCCACCAAUCUGGCCAUGCCAUGUCCCGUGAAGUUUCAAGCAAAAGACAGCGCUUCACAUCGGGUAUAGAUGAUGUAUUUCGCGAUGCAGUAUCGGGGGUGGGCGCGAGAAGGAUCUGCGCUUUACAGAUGAUCCCUUUUCUCGAAGGCGAGAUCGAUGUUGACAAAAUGGAGUCUUUUGUUAAGCGACUUGUCCCGAGCAUUCUCGAUGAUAACAGCGCAAUUUCAUCUUGGACAAUGAUAGCACUGACAAGUAUUGCCAAUGGCCCCAGUGCCAGCCAUUCUCUGCUGAAAGCAUACUGGCCGUGGGCUGCAGAUCUCACAUCUCGCGCAUUCUCUUCUUCUGUCACGUCUAGAGCUGCCUGCAAACUCUUGAGUGCAAUUAUGGAAGCCGAUUUACUUGAAUAUGCAUUUGUGUCUGAGAAUAUACGGUCACUGCUUUCGUCUGCGAACUUGAAUGGCCCCUCCGCCAUCUCCGACUCGUCUCUGAACAUGUGGGCAUUGAUCGCACGGAAGAGGUCACAGCUUAGUCCCGGCCCGGCGCAAAAUGCCUCACAGCAGAUUUGCAGUUGGCUGAGGGGGGUAUGGACUAUCGGUAGCGUAACGAAUCGAAUCCAAACAGCCCAAGUCGCCAUGUUUGCGCGCCCACUGGAUUUGCUUGACCUCUUCAUGGCAUGCACGAAUCGACCGUUUGAAAUGCCUGAUUUCCAAUAUGCAGGACCCUCGGGCCUCAUUACUAGGACAUGGUUUUUAUUUUAUGAAAACAGGGAGCUGCUGGAGUAUAUGUUCUGCACAGGCACUACCAUUCUCCAUCCCAACCCUUGGAACCAUGAGAGCUCCUGGCUUUUAAAGGCAUCAACUCGUCAAGAUGCUGACGACUCCGCGAUAGUCGAACUUUUGCGAUCGAAGUCAGAAACAUUCCUUCAAACAUGGAAUACGAUCAGUGAGGAUAGAUCACUUCACAUCACUACGGAUAUCUUGCAAAUCCUGACUUCAUUUUGCAUUGUCUCUUCCAUUUUUGGGGCAUGCCUUCCCCAGCAGCCGAAUUCUCGAAUGCAAGAUCUCCAGCAAAACUGCCACUCCUUGUGGAAUUGCAUAUGUGAAUUCUUGUUCACCCACGAAUCGACUGCUGUUCAACCGUGCCUUGAAAUCAUAUCGCCAAUUCUUCCUUCCAUGUCAGAGGUGGAAACCUCCUGCGCCUGGACGGGUCUCUCUCCUCUAAUCAGGCCAUUGGCUAACCUGCUUGAGAAGUUUCGUCAAAGUUCGAAAGAAAAUCGCUCUAAUCAGAGAGAUUUUAUGGACUUGGAUGACCGGCUGACGCAUCAAGGAGAUCAGAUAUCCGCUAAUCAGGUAAUCCUUGCUUCGAACAGAGUGGCGACUCCUCUCUUUCCUGACAACGCCACUUUCCAACGAUCUGAAACUGUUCGACUGUCUAUCCUUCUGAGAGUACAGACCGAGAGUGCCACAUCUGGAGACUCUUGUUCGACUAUCGUUGAAUACCUCACCGGGCUUGAUGAAUCUGACCUUUUAUCGGCGCAACAGAAUUUGUCAGCAAUCUAUCAGGCUUGUUCAAAACUGCAGCGAGAUGCCCUCCUCCGAAUUCUCGAGGACUUGGGAGAAAAGUGCUUACAGUCAUAUGAAAUGGAGCGGUGUGAAGCUUCACACAACAUUUGCAUUCGGAUGAUGACUGGCUUUGUUGCUUCCUGGGCAGAUGCACGGAACGAUACCUUGAACGAAUCGGCCAUGGACUUGUACAGCUGGUUUAUGGAAGUUCUGCUUGCUAAAAAGAGAGCAUCGACGACGGUGUAUACUGCGCUGUCCGAGCUAGUUCAAGCUCUUCUUGAUUCAUGCCAAUCGUAUGGAAGUCAGCAAUCUCUCCCGUCUCCGCGGACUAGUCUUUUCACGAUCUUGCAAGAGGGCGAUGUUCAGGUCAAAUUCCGUGUUGCUGAAUUUAUUCCCACGCUGUUUGAGCGAUUUCUACUUCAAGAUCAUGAUGCCAUCUUCAAUGAUGUCUUGGAGAGCCUGCCAAGAGAUCCGGAUUGGCUUGAAGGGAUUGCUCUCCGUCUUUUUGUCCUGUCAAGACUGGCCUCCAAGUGGUAUACCUUAUUGCGAAGGAGCAUUUAUCAUAUGUUUGAGACGCCAGCACAAGUCCCGGCAUCUCUCGAAUAUGCUCAAAAGUGCAUGGAAUCCGCGUCGAAUGCUCUUGGCCUGCAAGAUGGGAGAAAGUUAUUCCAUCUUUUCGCAUCUCAAAUACUCUACACUUGGACUGAGACCCAGAGUGUAAUGUCAAUGCCGUACAGCAUAUUUGGAUAUGACAGCCUGAAAGAGAUGAUCGUCGAUGUGAAAGACGAGGUCGUUGGACAAAUGAUGAUGCGGGGCAGGGAAUCUGAAGCUCAGGAGCUUGCAAGCUACCUUGAGAUGCCCUAUGCUGAACUCCUCGCAACAUCAUUUCACAAAGCGGAGGCAUACAGUAUUGCACGAGACAUCAGCACACCUCCUGAGCAGGGUAGCCAGCCCAAAGGUGUUGAGAUUCGGCUGAGAAAAUUGCUCGGCCCUGAAAUAUUUAUGGCCCAGAUCGAGGGCCAUUUCUCCCAAAUUAUUGCCACGUUCUUCAAGGCCCUUGACCGCCACGAUCAAAUUGAACGAGCAUACUCAAAGCGCCCUAGCUUCCGCUAUGCACUCGAUAUUCAGACUUGGAUUGCCAGCAAAAGUGCUUCUCAUAUUUCUUUGCCUGCGAACCAGCAACCGUCUUUUCGAGCUCGCUACUUGCUUGAUGAGCUCGACUUCUUGUGCAAACGUGCGGGCUUUGAGCUUGAAUCAAUAUGGUCACCGGCACUGGCUACGUUUGUUUGCCGGUCUCUACUUGAGUCUAUCCACCCUGCGCUGGGCUCUCUUCAUACAUGUUCCAUCAUUCGAAAGCUCAGGGUGCUCGUUUGCCUUGCUGGACCAAUAAUGGUAGAGGGGUAUCCCUUUGAAAUGCUGCUCAAUGCCCUUCGCCCCUUUCUCAUCGAUGUUCACUGUUCUGAAGACGCCCUGGGAAUUUUCUGGUAUCUUCUCGAAGCUGGGAAACCUUACCUAAUGAAUGGACCCGGAUUCACAGCCGGCAUUUGCCUCUCGACGUUAUUGACUCUGCGUAAGCUCUUUUCGUCUUCCCCAGAAAGCACUAUACAGCAAAGUCAAUUCAAAGCUGUCCUGUCAACCGCACAAAAAUUCCACGAAUGGCUUUGUGGAUUCGUGGAAGUCUGUCAAUCUUCAGAAUGGAGCCUAGAAACCAAGCGGUCCUUUUCGCAGUUGCUACACUUAGCCCAACAGAUUUCGUCUCCGGGAAGCUCCUUCAACGCCAAACGUGAAAAUGACCUGGUCUUUGCUGUACUCCAAGAUCGUGAUUCAACUCAAUCUUUGCUGAGCACGCCAACAGCGGAUUUGGUGUUAUCAUUGCUGUAUCCUGGAUUGAAGGAAAGCGAUGGAAACGAGGACAGCGGUAGUGACAUGGAAUCGGCGUCUACCUCACACAUCUUUUCACUGUGGCAAACACUUCACAUUUUCAACAGUGGACCCGAAUACCAAUUAUGGGCAGCUCGACUUAUCGGUCGUUCUUUUGCUGCCACGGGGAAAAUCAAUGAGAGAUUGAUGCGAGAACAAGAGCAUUUGCUGUUUCAAACACUUGAAUUGACUAACAGCUUGGAUAUUAUUCAUCAGUCGAAAGCCAGUAUUCUUCAAAUGCUCUGCAGCAAGCUCCAGGUCCAAGACCGCUUGGAGACCGGGCUCAUUGAGAGGACCCUCCAAGUCAUUAUCAGCCGCAUCACGGACGCUACUGAUUUCCAAGCGUAUGCUGAGAUCAUUCCACAGUCACUCAUGCCGGCCCUCAUUUGGAACCCAUACACCUGUCCCGAACUAUCACACCCGACAGCAGAGCUUGAACUUUGCAACUUUAAUUCCGACGAGGCUGACCUGUCUGAACUGCUUGUUACUGAAUGGGCUCGCAAUCUAUCCCUUCUCUUGUCGAACGCUACACCGAACGAUCCCGUCAUUGGUUCAUUGCGCACUGUUCUCCGCUUGAUUCCUGGGUUGGCAGCGCAGCUUUUACCCUACAUCAUACAUGAGGUACUUCUGUCCGAAGACCAAGGAGGUCCAAUCCGACAGAAAAUUUCCGUGCUUUUCAAGAAGGUUCUGAGUCAAGUCAAUCGUGACACAAUGCCACAUGCUCGGCUUGUGCUCAGUUGCAUCUUGUAUCUCCGCAAUCAACCCGUGCCCGAUGAAGCAACAAUCGUUGACCGCGAAAAAUGGCUCGACAUAGACUAUGGGGAGGCUUCUUCAGCAGCUCAUCGAUGCGGUUUACAGAAGACAUCUCUUCUUCUCCUGGAAAUACAGGCAUCCAGAGUGAUAUCAGGGUCUCGCCGCUCGUCUGUGAUCAAAUACGAGCCGCCUGUGGAGCUUCUGCAUGAUAUAUUCAAAAACAUCGAUGAUCCCGAUCUCUUUUACGGAAUCCAACAAAGCUCAUCUUUGAUGACUGUGAUGGAGAGGCUGGAGUACGAGAGCUCGGGCCUGAAAAACCUUCUCUUCCAGAGUGCGCAGUAUGACAGCGAGGUCUGCAUGUCUGACAAUGCGAACCCCUUUGGAGUCUUGAGGGCUUUGAAUGCGACAAAUCUUCAAGGAAUUUCCAACACAAUGCUUUCUGCCUCUGGUAAUGUCAACAAUGUGCCGGCAUCCUUUAACAGCAUGUUGCAAGCCGCAACAAGCCUUCAGCAAUGGGAUAUUCCAGUCUCGCCAUUGGAUUCGUCACCGCCAGCAACUGUGUUCCGCGCCUUUCAAAGCUUGAACACAUCUUCAUCCUUGCGCGAAGUUGCUGCUUCUCUUGAUAACUGUCUGUUGACGUCACUCACCACACUUGUCGAGACUGGUCAAUCAACAAUUGAGCUACGGAACACAGUUCGUGCACUUGGAAUCAUGACUGAGAUUAGUGACGUUCUGCAGGCAUCGUCAUCUCAGGAAAUGGAGGCGGAAUGGGAGAAAAUUAUGGCUAGAAGCAGCUGGCUGAAGACUGAAAGCUACAACGAGGUAGGAGAGAUCUUGAGCUGGCAUGAAGCAUUGUUCUCGUCGAUUAGAAAGAACGAAUUCCUGAUGGCGAAGUCCAAUCUGAGCCCAGCAGAGUCACGCCUGCUUGAGGCGAAAGUUUUCCGGCAGUCAUUGGAUAUCACAAGGAAUCAUGGUGUUUCUCAAGCAUCUUUAAAAUCCGCAAUUACCCUGUCAAAGCUUGCUGAGCCUUGCGCCGAGUUGGGAAUGGUUAUUGACGGGGCCGCAAAGUUUGACCUUGCCAACGUUCUUUGGGACCAGGGCGAGAUGACUGCAUCGAUCCGAAUGUUGCAACAGUUGAAGGGACAAGGCGACUUACAUAAACAAGCGAUUCCACUCAGUCGUGCGGAACUACUUGUCACUUUAGGUCAUCACGUCGCUGAAGCACGCUUAGAGAAGCCCGAAUCAAUUCUCCAGGACUACCUGUACCCGGCUGUCAAGGAAUUGAAGGGUGCCUCAGAAAUAGAAGCUGCCGGGCGGGUCUACCACGGCUUCGCGAGUUUCUGCGACCAACAGCUUCUGAAUCCGGACGGAAUGGAAGACUUCAAACGAGUUCAGCAGCUGCGUGAUCACAAGGAGAAAGAACUAUUGGGCCUAGAAGACAUGAUGAAAAAUGCAGAGGGUCGAGAAAAGGAGUCUCUCAAGAUCUUCCGCGCAAAAGCCAAACAAUGGUUUGAUCUCGAUGAUCGUGAAUACCAGCGGCUCUUGCGAAGUCGAGAAGCCUUCUUACAACAAUGCCUUGAAAACUAUCUUCUUGCUCUCAGGGAAAGUGAAACCUACAAUAACGAUGUUCUGCGUUUCUGUGCACUUUGGCUCGACAAAUCAGAUAGCAAUACUGCGAACACAGCGGUAUCUCGAUAUCUCCAGGAUGUGCCAAGUCGCAAAUUUGCACCUCUCAUGAACCAACUGUCCUCUCGCCUCCUCGAUGUCUCUGAUGAUUUCCAGUCUCUACUCACCGGGUUAGUGUUCAGAAUCUGCACAGAGCAUCCGUUCCAUGGCAUGUACCAGAUCUUCGCCAGCAGCAAGUCCAAGGGCGGAAAAGAUCAAUCCUCACAUUCUCGCUUCCGGGCUGCAAACAAGCUCGUGGACCGCUUGAAGAAUGAUAAGGAUAUCGGCCCUAUGUGGAUCUCGAUACACAAUAUGAACAUCACUUACGUACGUUUCGCAAUCGACAAGCCAGACAGUAAAUUCAAGACAGGUGCGAAGAUCCCCCUGAAGAAACUGCCCACGGGAGAUCGCCUGGCCAAGGAUGCCGAAACAUACAAGCUGCCACCGCCGACCAUGAAAAUUGAGCUCCGAGCGGACCUUGACUACAGCGAUGUUCCAUCGAUUGCCAGGUUCAGUUCUGAAUUCACGCUUGCGUCGGGUGUCAGCGCCCCCAAGAUUGUGACUGCCGUUGCCACUAACGGUGUCCGAUACAAGCAAUUGUACAAAGGAGGGAAUGACGACUUGCGUCAAGACGCGAUCAUGGAACAGGUAUUCGAGCAAGUCAGCAGUCUUCUCAAAGAUCACCAGCCGACUCGCCAGCGGAACCUGGGAAUUCGAACUUACAAAGUACUUCCACUAACGCUCAACGCUGGAAUAAUCGAGUUUGUGCCUAACACUAUUCCUCUGCACGACUAUCUGAUGCCCGCACACCAGCGGUUCUUCCCCAAGGACAUGAAACCCAGCGCCUGUCGGAAACAUAUCGCCGACGUGCAGACCAGGUCCUUCGAGCAAAGAGUUAGGACCUACCGUCAAGUGACGGAGCACUUCCAUCCUGUGAUGAAAUACUUCUUCAUGGAGAAGUUUAACAAUCCCGACGACUGGUUUAGCAAGCGACUGGCCUAUACUAGGAGCACUGCCGCCAUCUCAAUUCUGGGCCAUGUGCUUGGGCUCGGCGAUCGACAUGGACAUAAUAUCCUACUGGAUGAAAAGACAGGAGAGGUUGUGCAUAUUGAUCUGGGUGUGGCAUUUGAACAGGGACGCAUUCUGCCGGUCCCCGAAGUGGUACCCUUCCGGCUGACUCGAGACUUGGUGGACGGAUUCGGCAUCACAAAAACAGAGGGAGUCUUUCGGCGCUGCUGCGAAUUCACCUUAGAGGCACUUCGACAGGAGUCAUACAGCAUCAUGACUAUCCUUGACGUGCUCCGAUACGAUCCACUGUACAGUUGGACGGUGUCCCCACUGCGAAUGAGAAAAAUGCAGGACAAUCAGGAGACCGGCGAUGGUCCGCCUCUUUUACCUGGCGCAAAGGACAAGUCUUCGACGAAUGAACCGAGUGAGGCGGAUCGAGCUUUGACCGUGGUGGCAAAGAAAUUGAGCAAAACCUUAAGUGUCACUGCCACGGUCAACGAGCUGAUCCAACAAGCAACCGAUGAGAAAAACCUCGCUGUACUUUAUUGCGGGUGGGCGUCUUACGCUUGA